AAUGCACUGAACUGUGGACUCAUCAAUAGCACAAUCAAUCGUGCAGACAAAUGGAAGCAAAUAAAGUAAAUAAUGACAUGUGCACUUCGCGGUACAUGGUUAACGUGUGUAGACUUUCGUACGAAGGUACUGUAGAUUGGCCCGAGACGUCUAGACUGGCUUACUUAUUUUGACACAAUCGCAGUGAAGGCAUUGAAUACAUAAAUAGGCCUACAUGUAUAAAAUUAUAUGGAAAUGGCGGGAAAAGAGCAAGAGGAAUCACUGGAGCGGUUUUCAGAUCGUCUGGGUCAAAUAAUUGAGAAUGGAUUGACAUGUCUAUCGAUUGCCUUUGGUGUUAAAUCAGGUCUCUUUGAUGUACUUGUAGAGAACCACCCCACACCGAUGACGUCACAAGAAUUGGCUGAUGCUGCUAGUAUGAAAGAAAGGUAUGUUCGUGAAUGGCUUGGAGCAAUGGCAGGAGCUCGCAUCGUUCUUCUGGAUCCUGCCACUCAACGCUUCCACAUCCCAGGACAAACACUCGACGCCUUUAAGAAAUGGACCCCUCAGAAUCAGCUUGUCCUUGCUACCAAGGGCAUACCUUUCCUCAGUGAGGUCUUUAACGACAUGCUGGAAGUAGUUAAAAAGGAAGGACCGAUUGGUCUUCCAUUUACCAAGGCCAAGUCGUUCACGGAGUUUGAAAGUGAUGCGUCAGGAUGGUUCUACAAGAAACAACUCAUUCAGGUUUUCAUUCCAUCCAUUCCAACGCUUCAAACUAAACUAAGUGAGGGCAUAAAGAUGUUGGAUGUAGGAUGUGGUCGCGGAGUGGCUACUCGAAUCUUAGCCGGGCAGUUCCCUCGCAGUCAAUUCGUUGGCAUUGACUUCGGCGAGGAUAACAUGAAGAUAGCACGCGAAUUUGCUAAGAAUGAGAACCUGAAGAACGUCGAAUAUCACAACCUCGAUGCAGCAAAGCUUCCUGAAGAAUGGACAUGUACUUUCGACUACGUGUUCUUUUACAAUGUCCUCCAUGACUUGGCACGUCCAGAUUUGGUUUUGAAGGAAGUCAAGAGGGUAAUGACUUCGGAAGCUCUGAUGUCAGCUCUUGAAGUCAAUGCGAGCUCAGACAUGGCAGACAACAUUGACUCCCCAGGAGGCGCUGGGUUGUAUACUUACAGUCUGUUCCAUUGCCUACCCGUGUCCUGCAAUACACCAGGGAGUCUUGGACUAGGAACAGCAUGGGGAAAAGAAGCUGCCACAGAGUUCUUGAAGGAACAUGGCUUUAAGAUCGAAUCUAUCACCGAGUCACCAAAGCUACACUUUCUAUGCUCUCUUUCACCCAAGUGACUUAAAGCACGUGAUUUCGAUGAACAUUGAAUGUGGCUUUACAACCGGAUGCCUCGAUUCUCGAAUGCCUUAACCCGCCGAUUAGUGAUUACUUAAUUCUUUAUAGGUUUUGUACAUGAAAGUCUUGCUUCUAGUGGACAAAGAGCCAGAGGGAUCUUCGAUAAAUAAAUAGAUAAGUGAAUAAAUAAGUGAAUAAUAAAUGUAUAAAUAACCAAGUCGAUUGAUUUACAUAUCCAAGUAUCUUGUAGAUAAGCCUACAGUCACCAAGAACAAUAUGAAUGCUGCCUUUAAGUGUAUCCAGAUAUUACGCGUCUAACAUCUCUGACGGAAGCAGAUAGGCAAUGCAGGAGUAGGGUGUCAAUAAUAUAAUUAUAAGCUGGUCAUUAGGCCGUUGUAUCAUAUCGUAUUUUCUCUCUUCAUUUCACCUAAACGUUAGACAAAGCCAUCAUUUUAUCCUUUCCAACAGUUGCUCUUACCAUGGUAAAAAGUCAAAAUCUUGAUUUGGUUCUACGUCAGAUGUUAGAUUUUAUAUGCUUCUGUCCAACAGGCCAACGUGCAUUUCGAGAUUCGCAUCCAUUAAGCUCAAGCCAUCGUUUUUCCGCUAUUAAAAACAUGCCAC